AUGAGGCGCGCGUCGUUUCUCUGUCCUCUCCUCACCCUACUUUUAUUUUCUUCCCUCUAUCCCACGCACACCAAUCAGGUGUGCGACCACCCGUUCCUCGUUUUAAGCCGCUCUGAUACAAUGGACGACGAAGACCUCAGCAAGCUGGGACGAAAGUUCUUAGCAGCUUCCUCACAGGCAGCAGCAGGUGCUGCUACUGCUGCUGCUGCUGCUGCUGCUGCCGCCGGUGCAGGAGCAUGGGGAGGAACAGGCAGCACUGGUCCGGUUGGGUGGGACGAACCCCACAGCGGCCCGUCCCGGGAGUAUGUGCAGUCGGUGAUGGAACAACUGAAGAGGAGGAGGGAGGGGUUGACGCAGGGAGGGGACGAGUGUCCUGUGUGUUUGGAGGCAGCAGAGGAUGCGGUGUUCAUGCCCUGUGCGCACAUUGCAUGCCGUGAAUGCCUGCUCACCGCCUGGAGGCCUUCAGUCAAUGGCCCUUGUCCUGUGUGCCGUCGGCCAAUCCUGCGCUCCCAGCUCAUCACAGUGCCACGUGCCAGCCGCUUCUCAUUGGACGUGGAGGCCAGCUGGCAGGACUCGGUGAAGGUCCGCCAGCUGCUACAGUGCCUGGGGGAGAUCCGGGCGGCAUCAGCUUGGAAGGGAGCGAAUGGGGGGGGAGGAGGGGAGAAGAGCGUGGUUUUCAGCCAAUGGACGGCGUUUCUUGACUUGUUGGAGAUCGCAUUCAAGAGGGCCAAGGUGCUGUAUGUGCGGCUGGACGGCAGCAUGGCACAACAGCAGCGGGAGCGGGCGAUAAACGAGUUUCGGGAGAAUCCCAAGGUGGAGGUGCUGCUGGUGUCACUCAAGGCGGGCGGCGUGGGGCUCAACCUCACUGCUGCCUCACAUGCUUUUGUCAUGGACCCCUGGUGGAACCCGUCAGUGGAGGAGCAGGCAGUGAUGCGAGUGCACCGCAUAGGGCAGACUCGUCCCGUAACAGUAACGCGCUUCAUAGUGCGCGACUCAGUAGAGGAGCGAAUGCAGAAGGUGCAGCUGCGCAAGGACCAGAUGGUGCAGGGAGCGCUCAUGGAUGAUGGGGCACGCACAGCAAGGAUCAACGAGCUCAAAAUGCUCUUCCGAUAG